GUAGAGGCUUCAGGCCGAGUAGAGGCUUCAGGCCGAGUAGAGGCUUCAGGCCGAGUAGAGGCUUCAGGCCGAGUAGAGGCAUCAGGCCGAGUAGAGGCAUCAGGCCGAGUAGAGGCUUCAGGCCGAGUAGGCCGAGGCAUCAGGCCGAGUAGAGGCUUCAGGCCGAGUAGAGGCUUCAGGCCGAGUAGAGGCAUCAGGCCGAGUAGAGGCAUCAGGCCGAAGAGAGGCAUCAGGCCGAGUAGAGGCAUCAGGCCGAAGAGAGGCAUCAGGCCGAGAGAGGCAUCAGGCCGAGUACAGGCAUCAGGCCGAGUACAGGCAUCAGGCCGAGUAGAGGCUUCAGGCCGAGUAGAGGCUUCAGGC